AUGUGGAGGAAAAAAUGUUAUAGGGUCUUUAAGCGCCAUGCAGCGCAGACAGUAUGGAUGUUGUUUUUUGGUGUCUCAUUAUAACCCCCACAAUAAGAUUUAGAUUCCACCAUUUGUGUAAUUCUUCAACCUCUGAUUUAUACAGCCUCAGGAUUGUGCUGUUUUCACUUCAUCUUUAGAUAACAUAGUAAAUAACAUUUAUAUAAGAUGAAUUACCAUAAUUCAACUGUUUUAAAUUAUCUAUAUGUUUAAAUAGGAAUGUGUCUUUUUUCCAGUGUCUCUAAACUUUUCUCAUGGCUAAUCUAAAUGUUCUUUGUAUAUGCACAGUUUCCAUGAGCAUUUUUCUAUAAUAGAGGCAUGUUAUACACAUUUAGUUUGCAUAGCUGAAAACCAAACCCUUGUGCUGUCAUUCUCCAGUACAUAAAAUGGGUUUAAUGAGAUUCAAGAGGAGAUGUAAUCAUGAGUUAGUAAUGUGUAUAUACAGUGUUUUGAACAAGUAAAGUAUCCAGUAGUAUUGUUGUCUAUAUAGUGUUUUAUUGUACCCAGCUCCAAUUUCACUUUUUUUUUUUUAAGGUGCUUAGUCAGGUAGGAAGGUGCCCUGCAUGCAAUUAGAGUAAAGUUGGCAGUUAGUUAAGGAAUCAAAGAUGGCAUCCUACUUAGCACAAGAAGUUCAGCUUGCUAGACGACAUGACAAGAUACUGUCUCAGAGAUUGGUAUUGCUACAGCAGAUGGAGAAUCAUCUAGGAGACAAAAAGACUGAAAAGACAUCGCAAACACAAGCAGCUGAUGCAGCUUAUAAAAGAAAUGCAGCACUUUUAAAUGAUCUAGAAGCAGCAGAAAAGAGGCUGCAAGCCAGAAUACAUCUACAGCCACAUCCUGAUAUUGUUAACCUUGAAACUCUCUAUUGGGCAUCAGUAGAAGAAUCUAUUCCUAAGUGGGAGCAGUUUCUUUUAGGAAGAGCACAAACACCUGUUGGUUUUAAGAAAAAGAAAUCUACAAAGUAUAACAUAAGUCACCCAGAAGGAGCGGCACAAAGAUAAAGAGAAAACAGUACAGAGACUACCAUUUGACUUCAGUGGGCAAAAUAAUCCUGUCCAGACAACAGUGUGUCAGGCCACUAAAUUUCAAUUUCAGUGUAUGUAUAUGAAAACGAAUCAUGUUGGAUGGGUUUUUUCCAGUUGUAUCCGUGUUGAAGAGUUCAGCUUAACUGUAGUCUACCAGCUCAAGGAGGCUCAGAAUAACAUUUCUCCUGGUGGGAGGAAUAAUCCUUUUUGAAAAUGACUUUAUAAGAUCAGAAAUUAAAAACACUGGUAUAUGGAAGCCCACCAAUACAUUUGCCUCUUUAAGAUGACAAGAGUUUUAGGUUACGUAUAAUCCUUCACUUUUGUAUUUUUAAGUAUGUUGUAUGUGAAUCUACCUUUAUUUUCUUGAACCUCCUUGUCCACCGGGGGCAUUUACUCUGGGAAGGGCAGACAAUUUACACCAGGCUGUGGGGGAAGCUUUGGUUUAUGGCUGGGAUCCUCUAUAUGAGCGUAGUGGUAAAGGGUACAUAUUUAGUUUGUAUGUCCCCUGUUUUCCUGAUCAUGUCAGUGACACUGAUUUUUUGGAGGGGCAGGGAAGGGGCUGUGUUGGUCUCACCCAUAAGCAAUUGCAAUUUCUGUUCCAUUAACCACUGCUGCACCCUCUUCCCCUGGCUGACUUCCCAUAUUAGGUUCUGUGCCUGGUUUGCAAAAGCAGAAGCCAAUGUGAAUUUGGGUUGAAUCCUGCCAUGAAGUUAAUUUUACAGACAUUGAAGUAACAAACAUUAGUAUUAUAUUUUGGCAAUGUUUCCUUUGUAGUUUUAAGUCAUUGCUUUGUGUCACUUUCAUUUUGUUAAUGUAAGCCAGAGAUAUAAUUUAUGGAUAAGGCCAUGGGAGGUGGGGAAGAACCAGAUAGAAAGCCAACCUAGGUGAGUGCCCAAAGAUUACAGAUACUGGAAUAAGAAGGUGAGGAGCUUGCUUUCUAUCUCAGAUCAAGGACAGUUUCUCAGCCUCCGGCUACAAACAUGGAAGGCCAGACAGUGGUUUUUUGCUUGCACAUUGUUAACUAUUUGUAGUCUCUAAGUGCCCAGGAGUCUUUGUCAUGGACCAGGACCCCAUUGUGCUAGGUGCUGUACAAACAGAACAAAAAGACAGUCCCUGCCCCAGAUAGUUUACAGUCUGAGGCCAACCCCUUGGUAAAUUAGUGUGUCAGGGAGCCACAGUCCAUUGCUUUCUAGUGUUUGCAUAUAUUGAAGACCCAAUUUAGAAAUCCUUUCAAGUAAAUGACUUAGAGGUCUUUGUGCUUUUUCACUCUUCCAUAGCAAGGAAGGAUGGUGGACUUUGGGAGUGGGGGUUUCCUCCAGAAUUGGGACUCGAGUCAAGAAGAUCAAUAGAAACCAAUUUCAAUAAAGGGUGAUUACUACUUCCCUAGUGCAAGAAGAAUUCAUGUACAUGGUUAUAUGAAAUGGGGCUAUGCAAACCACUGCAGUCAGCUAUAGGCUAACCAAAUUAAUUACCAGGAACUAUUAGGAAUGAUGAGCCCUCACCCCCUUAUUUUCUGUUAGGGGUUUGUCAUCUGUCUGUGGCUGGUGGUAACCUUGUCCCUAUAUCUGAUUUUUGUGUUAUGGGUGAUGAUCUAACAGCACCUUUCUUCUACUCCCUGACCAACCUGUACACAAGUAUCACAGCUCUUUACACCGCUCCAUAAGGAAGGUUCACCUUCCGAAUUGUGCACCUAGAGCAUUACGAGAAUUUAAUUAAUCAAAUAGGAUUUAAUUAUCCAGUGCUGACUGGCUAUUAGUGAGGAAUUCAUUGCCCCUCAGAAUAGGGAGCAGCCUCUCCAGCUGGAGACCACAGGAAGUCUGAACAGUUUGCAAGGGCCAACACCUGCAGAAGCUAUUUUCUGCUAGAUCGGGCCCUUAGUUUGCUGAAUUUAAAUCACUCAAAGAUUCAC